AUGAUCGUGAUCUCCUCAACCCCGAUGCUGACUAAUGUGCAGGGGCGGAGUGGUAUUCCUGAGGUCCCUACCUCAGGUCUACCUUCCCCUCCGACAAGCCCCCCCCUCGCCGCGCUGACCUCGUCCAACGAGCUCGCUCUUCUUCCUAAGGACAAGAAGCGCGACAAUCCGGGUCGCCGACGCCCGGAGCGGCGAGGGGGGGCAGCACUCAUGAUCAGGGAAGAAUGUGAGAGAUUCUUUUGUGAGUCCAUGAAGGCAGUAUUCCACGGUGAGAGGAACCUGUCGAUGGAUGGCUCCGGCCUGUCAGGUGCUUAUUUGCAAACACCGCCACUAGAGGACCCGUUGCUUGACGUCUUCCGGCAACGCAUGGACAUCAAGUCUCGAGGAUUUGAAGUUGAUGCGUGGAUGGAGGUUUGGGACUACGCUGGCGGUGCGAGUUUUCGGGCCUUUGUGGCAAGUAACGGGCAGGAAAGAUCCUUGUUCGUAUUUUUUGACAUUGAAGGCGUUGUUGGACGAGAUCUCAAGAAAGCUCUCAUGGCUUUGAUUGAGCUUGCCGAUGGUCCUUUGAACUGCGCACACAUUGUCACUUGCGUUGAUCGCCGCAUUCCCCUUGAGGAAGCACACGAAUUGACCAAAAGCCUGCAAUGGGUCGGAUUCGAAAUCACUACGCUGGACCACUGGGCAAAUAACCUCGAUGUCACGAGCAAACGGUGGGUAUUCAUGGGCAUGGAACUGUAG